CCGCUAAGCUUCAAAGAAUAAAGCACACGCCGCUGGUGGAAAAAUAAGCUGCGUUUGUGACAUUGUGCAGCUAACUAGCUAGUUAGAAAACGCCCUCCGCUCUUUCUUAUUUAGGUAUUUAUCUUUGAGGAGGGAUACCGGAAGAGUUUCGUGGAUAGCUGUCCACAGUGGUCCCAGUCCCGUUAGCUAUAGCUAAACCGGAGACGGGAUGUAAAUUAAUCCAGACGGGACCAGCCCCAGGAGCCGGCAGCAGCAGUCAGUCACACCCUUGUCUGGGGACUACGGAGGAACCCUGUCUGUUGAGCAACAUGAAAUUGCCAUUCUUCAUAUGUUAUGCUCUUUUAUACAAAUCCGUGUUAGCCUCAAACUGCUGAAUUAGAGUUUCAGAGCACCAGUGAGAGUUAACUGGGAAGUGUGGACUGGAUAUGACUGACUCAUCAUCAUGGCACGGACAGAGGAGAUAACCCUGCACAGUCUCUCUUCUGCAGUGCCAACCAGGCAGCCUCACAACUAGCCUGACAGCUAAGUUAUUUACACAUUCAGUCGUUUUUAUUAUAGUUUAAGGCCUCGCACUCAAAGUGGCAUUAUGAAUACCCCCAUGUAUACCUUUGUCACCCGUGACGACAACAGCACUGUUUAUGCAGAAGUUUCCAAAAUCCUGCUCUCAACUGGAAAAUGGAAAAGGCUGAAAAGAGACAAUCCCAGAUUCAACUUAAUGCUUGGUGAACGGAACAGACUGCCCUUUGGACGUCUAGGUCAUGAACCAGGACUGAUGCAGCUGGUGAAUUACUACAGAGGAGCUGACAAGCUUUGCAGAAAGGCAUCUUUGGUCAAGCUAAUAAAGACCAGCCCAGAGCUGUCUGACUCCAGUAACUGGUUCCCAGAAUCCUACAUCAUCUAUCCCACUAACCUCAACACCCCUGUAGCUCCGGCUACAAAUGGCAUUAGCCAUCUGAAAAACAAUCCCAAGACAGAUGAGCGGGAAGUUUUCCUGGCCUCUUAUCACUCUAAAAAAGAAAGUGGGGAGGGUACAGUGUGGAUCGCCAAGUCUUCUGCUGGAGCUAAAGGUGCUGGUAUUUUGAUAUCCCAUGAUGCUAAUCAGCUGCUGGAGUACAUUGAUAAUCAGGGUCAGGUUCAUGUCAUUCAGAAGUACCUGGAGAAACCUUUGCUUCUGGAGCCGGGACAUCGGAAGUUUGACAUCAGGAGCUGGGUGCUAGUGGACCAUCAGUAUAACAUCUAUUUAUACCGAGAGGGUGUGCUGCGGACGUCCUCGGAGCCCUACAACAGCUCUGACCUCCAGGACAUGACCAGCCACCUGACCAACCACUGCAUCCAGAAGGAGCACUCCCAGAACUACGGACGAUAUGAGGAGGGGAACGAGAUGUUCUUUGAUGAGUUCAGGCUGUACCUGCUGAACACUCACAAUGUCACCCUGGAGACCACCAUAUUACCUCAGAUCAAGCAGAUCAUAAAGAGCUGUCUGACUUGUAUUGAGCCGGCAAUCAGCACCAAGCACCUGUCCUACCAGAGCUUCCAGCUCUUUGGAUUUGAUUUCAUGGUGGACGAGAGCUUCAAAGUGUGGCUCAUUGAGAUCAAUGGAGCUCCAGCCUGUGCACAGAAACUAUAUCCAGAGCUAUGUCAAGGCAUCGUGGAUGUGGCCAUUUCCAGUGUCUUCACCCUAAACAACAGUGUUGACCCCUCAUCUGCUUCCUCCUCUCCUUAUUCCUCUUCCCCAUCCUCCACCUUCACCACCAACUCCUGCUCCUCUCCCAAACUGAGGGCCCCUCUUCACGUUGGCCCUUUUACUCGACUGUAAGAUCACGCACAAAUAUUCCCCUCAUCUCAUCCCCACUAGAAGCUUCCUCAUGCUCUGUCUUCACUCCUAAACUGCACCUGAGAAGUAGCACACUCCAGCAAGCCGAGCCUUUAACCGAACCUUGCCUGUGACGCCUGGAAGGAGUCUUUCUUUUUAUGGAAACCAACCGGACGGUAGGAAUGAUCUCUGCUCUCCUCAUUAUGCGUAUUGUAAAUGUGAGGAUGCUGAACUGGUCAACAAACUUUGUGGGAGUUUCUGAAUGAGGACAGACGCCCUUCUAUCUCAGUUCCACCACCACCAGUGUUCUCCCUAAGCAGAUUAACAGAGGUCUGAAGGAUGCAGAGAUGCUCCAAGUGAGACUGUAGUGCCUUACAUUUCCAGCCACGCUCCCUUAAAAGGACUGCCAGUUAGCUUGCUCUGUUACCGUGACUUGUACUUGUUCUAUAAGCCUUUGCACUGUUGCUCAAUGCGGUCAUAAUCCGUCUACGAGAGUUAGCAUUAAACAGAUUCCUUGAUAUUGGAGAUCUUAGUGAAUUUGUUUUCUCAUCAGACAUUUUUCUUAUUUUUUUUUUAUCCCUUUUUUAUAGCUUACCUGCAGCCAUCAGUACCCAUUCAUUGGAAUGAGCAAUGCUAACAGUGAUCAACAAGUUAAAGGGCCGAUAUGAUUUAACUUAUGACUCCCUUCUUAUAUUCUAUUAGCUAAUAUACUAACUGUCUGAUGAGCUAAACAGUCAAGAUGUCAAGGUUUGCCUUGAAUAACAACAACAUUCCUCUAACCCGACCAUGUGGACACUACAAAUUAUUUACACUGAGGGCAGCAGGGUGAGCAGGGACGCCAUUGUUUCGCUCAAAAACCCAAGUUUACAUCCGUCCCGACAAGCUCUGCCCACGUGUCCCUGACCUCUGACCUCUAUGGCAGAGAGGAAAUAACAAAAUGACUCCCGUAGUGGGAUCAGUGAAAUAUUAUCUGACAUUAUUUUGUUCUCAGCAAAUUCAUCGCAAAAUUUAGUUCAUCUGACAUUUUAUUUGUCAUUUGAAGAGAGCAUGUUUGUGUGACAGCAUGUAGUAGUAUGCAUCCUCAUAAACAAGCACCUUUUUGCCCUAGUUUGUGAAGAGCUGCCCUAAUGUUCUGUGUUCGAUUUCUGAUCUCUGAAAAGAUGGACUCUAAUUGUAAAGUGUUGUCAAUAAGUGUGUGGACUACGAUUUUUGAACUGUUGCAAUGAAAGUAGAGUAGCUUGUACAAAGUGUGUUAUUGAUUAUUAAAAUAACAAAGUGUGUUAUUGAUUGUUGAAAUUAAGACCCCAUGAAAUAAAACUGAUUUGUCCCAAUAUACAUUUGUUUAUAAGAAGAGCUGAUGGAGACCAGAAAAAUACGACCCCACUUCAUGCUACUUACUCUGGUCUUGUAAACAUACUGUGUCACUUGUGAUACAGACAAAGGUCUUCAUCAGGUCACUGCUUCUUCUUCAUUUACUGUCCCAUUCGCUUUUGUUUCAUGGGGUCAUUAAAAUAGUUUAGUUCCUCACUUUUAUUUUCACUGCAUCUCUUUGUGAAUAGCUGAGGUGUAACUGUCCAAGAUGACUUGUGUCAGAUAUAUUUUAUGUCACUGGUUUUUUUAAUUAUUAUUUAGAAACGAGUGUUUAGUUAUUCCUUAGAUAUGAAACUGUCAGUUAGCACGCUGAGUAGUUAAACUUCCACUGUCGUGUAUCCAGGGGCUCAUUUUAAACAGUCAUUAGUCUCUCAUCAUGUUUCGAAUCCCUGCUGUUCCUCUCUUUUUUAACCUCAGUUCAAAUGUGUGAGGCUUUGCUCCCCAUGCUUUGAGAUACAUUAAGGGACACCAUAAGAGCAUUUAUUUAUGUUUUUUAAUCACUGUGUAUUUGUGUUUACAAGAUGACUCUGAAGAAUGAAGGACAUGUGAGUGGCUGAAGGUCAGAAACAUGAGAUGGUUACAGGGGCAGGUUACAAUGACAAAAAGAAACUGGGUUGUUGUAAGAUUAAUCCCAGUAACUAAGAACAUACAGAGCCCUGCUGUAGCUGAAAUUAUGUUUGACACUUUGGAAAGAUAAUGUAGAAAAGUAGAAAACGGAUAUUUGGGUCACGAUUGUGUUGUUAAAUGGGUUACAAGUGCUUGAUAGCUGAUUUGGAAAUUUCAAAGGCAAACUAUCACUAUUUUUUUAAUUCAAUUUCUUGGGAAAUGUCUUUACAUCAAAGGGACGGGUGCCUUAGAGGGAAUUGCAUAUUGAUAAAAAAAAAAAAAAAAAAAGCAAUGGACCUCCAGCAUUUCAAUGCACCUUCAUUUGUUUGUUUGUACUGAAGUGAAUUUGCUUCAUCCAUUAUUAGACCUCUUGAAUUCAAUGAUGUCUUCUCUUCUUAUUCAGAGUUUCUUUGCACAUCUGAUUCAUUUUCUCAUGUUUUUCUCAUAUUUCAUAAUUUUCCUCAUCUGUACCAAAGAUCAGAUUCCUGCUGUAAAAUGUUUUGUAGUUAAAAUAAUCUGGACAUUAUCUCAUCAACUGGCCAACGGGAUCUAAAAGCAAGUGUCAUGUUCGGAGGGAUGUCUGUGCUGUGCUUUUGUUAGGUGAUGUUUUAUCCAAAAUCUUGCAUGAACAUUUGUCUUUAUCAGAAACAAUAUUGCUAGAAUAAAAAAAAUACUACAAAUAUCAA